UUCCGCGACGUGAACAAGUGGACGACGUCCCUCCUGCGUCAUACGCGCGCCGCUUCGCUCCCGAUACACUUCUUUUCCCGAAAGCCCCAAAGAUAGAUGUUCCGAUUUCAGUCCCUUGAUGAAGACUGUACGUUGGAGGAAGAAGACACGGGACUGGUAGAAGAGGAAGAUGAAAUCGAUCAGUUCAAUGACGACACCUUUGGAGCUGGGGCCAUCGAUGACGACUGGCAGGAGGAACACAAACGCCUGGCUGGGCUCGAUAAGAGGGACGGGCCAGGAGCGGAGCUGGGGUUGGAAGUAGGGGGAAUGGGAGGAGAAUCAGAUCUAGGCAGAGGUGAGGACUCGUCCUCCACCCAUCUCCUUUCCUCAGCGGGCCAUCUCCCCCUUCCAUCUAUCCUCCCUUCACUGAAAUUUGCCUCAUCUUCCUCUGGACUGGCUCCACCAGAUAUGGAGGAUCGAGGACGGGGAGGGGACUUGGCUGAGUCCCUGGCCAGACUCAUCCUGGAGGCUGACCCCGCCAUCGCCGGGGUGGGAGCAGCUGAGAGGCCUAGUCCUUCGCGUUCCAGCCUGUCCACUUUGCAGGGCUUGGACCGACCCAGAGUCCUGCCCCAGCCCCCCUCCAUCCCUCAUGCCACUCAACCACACCAGCAUUCCCAUCACCCCCAGCACCAGCUGCCUCCUGGGCCCUCCGCCUCAAGCCUUCCUCCUGGCCCUCCUUCUUCGUCCCUGCUCAGCUACCAACAGCAGCAGCACUUGAUGCGCAGAGGGACUGCGCCUAUGGCCCAGAUGAACUCUCACAGUAUCUGGGAAAGCAGUAUGGGUUUUGGGCCAGUCAGUCUCACCCCUGGACUUGUUACACACAUGGAGGAUAGUCCUCUGAUGUCUAUAAUCAAGGAGGUGGGCCUUCCGAAACGACCUCCUCAGGGUAGGAUUGAUGAAGGACGGGAUUUGUCAGAGAGGGUACCACCUCCACGCUCGUCUUCCCCUGUGAUUGGCUCCCCUCCGGUGAGGGCAGUGCCUAUUGGAACCCCGCCCAAACAGCCAAUGAGCCAUGCUCUAAAUCAUCAGAUCCACCAUCCCACGGCGGUUCAUGUGAGAGCCCCGGUCCAGCACAGAUUCCCUCCUCCUUUCCCUGAGCGUGUGUCACCCAACACCCUCUUAAAUAUAGCUAACUCUCCGCUGUGUCGUGGUCCGUUCCCCCCCGGUGUUGGUCCGGUCCUGUCCCAGAUUCAACGAGCCCAGCUGCUCAACUCUCAGGUGGCUGGUUUUCCUCGCGGUGGACCAGGUCCUCCUUUGUUACCGGGCUGUGGUGGGGGUUUCAGGCCAUUCUUUGGGGGCCCCCCUCCUCCACUAGGUCACAGAAUGGGCCCGCCCCCUCACGGCCACCUCAACCACACGCCACCUAUCCGGCACAACACCACCCACCUCCACCCCCAGCACCGGCGCAUGCUCACCCAGCGCAUGCAGAACCAGGGAGGGGACCGUUGCAGGACUAUAGGGGACCGGCGCAGCAGGGACCCCUACAGUAACCUUAUGACUCAGAAAGAGAAGGAAUGGGUAACCAAGAUCCAGAUGAUGCAGCUACAAAGUACUGACCCUUAUCUGGAUGACUACUACUAUCAGAACUACUAUGAAAAGAUGGAGAAACGUCAGGAAAGAGAGAGGGACAGCAGCAAGAAGGAACACACCACCAAACUGAUCACACCACAGGUCGCCAAGGUUGAACACACUUACAGACCAGUUCAGUUUGCAGGCUCUCUGGGUAAGCUAACUGUCUCCAGCGUCAACAACCCUCGCAAGAUGAUUGAUGCUGUGGUGACAACACGUACGGAUGACGAGGAGAAAAGAGAGAAGCAGGUUUGGAACAAGAGGCGACAGAUCCUCUACACUGUGGAGAAGAUGUACAGUUUGCUGUUGGAGGUUCAAGACUUUGAGAAACGUUUUGUACAGGCGCCAGAGGAGGACAGGGAGGCUCUUCUGGAGCAGCAAAAAACCAACACGAUGCAGCUGUGCAACUCUCUGCGGGAGAAGGAGUGGGACGACAGAGUGAGUGAUGAGAAGUGUGUGAUGAUCAUGUCAGUGAGGAAGGGCAAGAGGCUCAUCUCCAGGCUCCUCCCCCUCCUUCCCUCACCCCAGGCCGCCGCCGUUGUCAUGGCGAUUUCCCGCAACAUUCCUGCCAUUGCCAAGAAGGACAAGCAGGACCAGGUGCUGUGCUGGUUAAUGGAGCCGGUUUCUGCAGUGAUCCAGUCAAUGUCAAGCUCCGCCCUUACAGACUUGCUCCAGGAGCUUCAGGGCAGUGAGGGCCAACUAGUUACAGUACUGCACAACAAGUUCGGUGUGACACUGCUGUAUCUGAUCCUGAGCGAAGGAGAGAGGAUGCAGAGCUCUGAUCCCAACUGUCAACUCAUGGACGACAAUCGAUGGACUGAGUUGGUGUUUUCCGUGACGAGGGAGUUGCUCAGCGUCCCCAGCUCAUCCCUCUCUCCUCCCCUCUUCACGCCUACCAACCUGCUCUCCCUCUUCUCACGCUACGUUGAUCGGCAGAGGCUGGAGCUAUUACAGGACAAGUUACAGAUCACUUCUUUGUCCAGGUAGAAGUUACAAAAGACAUCAACACAAACCCUUCCCCACCGGAUGCAGAACUUUCUUUUUGUGCGUCUUGUUUGUGUGCGAGUGUGUGCGCAUGUGCUCUUGAGGUGAAUCCACCGUGGAUUGAAUUUUAAUACCGCAGAAUAUCUUGUCACUUGUUUUCUUUGUCUUUAGUCUCUGGAGUGUGUUUGUCCGUGUGAGUGAGUGAAUGAGUGACAGUCCAUGAGAGACAGACAUUGUGACGACUAUAAUGAAAUCUGCAAUUUUAAAUAUCUUGUUUACAAUAAUGCCUGUGAUGAAUCUUCAAAUUAAAAAGUAUUUCUAUUUCUAGUGUUUCAGUCCAAUCUUAUGGUGCUGGGACCAAACAUUGUGUGAAACAACAUGAAGUACUUCUCUUACAACAUUGUCACACUAACAAUGGCCAGUUUUGGCAAAAAAAAAAAAAAAAAAAAAGGAACAAGCAGAAUUCUAGGCAAACAACAAAUGUAGUGGAAAACGAUGUGGUUUACAUAACUCUGUCUAGAGUUCAUGUUUUUUCAAGUUUCAUGUUUAAAAGUGUUUGGAGACCCUUUAACUGUAAUAGCCAUCAAAAGAUUAAAUGGCUGGCAUUACUACUUUAAUAAACAAAAGUGUUCCAAAAAGUCAGCAUACCCAAAUGUUUUCUAAUAAGAGGCAUCAGUUGAAAAUACAUGUUUACAAAUUUAUACUUUUUCAAAAUUGAUUGUAUCGUAAAGGGACUAAGAAGGAUUCAUAAUCAAAUGGAAAUACAAAGGUGAAAGUCUUCAUGACUUGUCAAAUUAUGCAGCAAUGCUUAUGACAGAGUAUUUGAUCCUUCAGACUUUGUAUUAUUUAAUAAAUCAGAACUUUUUAAGACUUAAGUUAGCCAUAUAAUUCUCUGUACCAUAGCCAGUUGGCACAUAAGAAAUAAAAUAUUACAGUACAAGUUCAUGAAAGUCAUAGUGAUUACUAAUUUAUUUUGUCUGUUUAUGAAGAGUUUAUUUUUUUAAUUCAUGAAGGAUAGGCCAUCGCAACACUGGGGUGAUAUUAAGCCACACAUCUAAAUUGUACCACAUUCAGAGGGUCAAAAACAGAAAUUCUACAUGACUGACAUUAUCACACAGGCUUUGUAAUUUUCGCAAUAUAAAAACAACCAAGCUGGACAGAAUCAUGACCAUCUGUUCCAGUAAGUACAG